AUGGGCUCAGAUAUUAUUGAUCACUCGCCUAACCAGGCAAAGCCCUUGCCUCAGAUCCCAACUGCCUCCAAGGUCAUCCUCAUCGAUAACUACGACUCCUUCACCUGGAACAUCUACCAGUACCUGCACCUUGCGGGAGGUUCGCCGGUCGUCCUCCGCAACGAUGAAGUUACUGUAGAUGAAUUGGUUGCCCAAAAGCCCACCCAUAUUGUCAUCAGUCCUGGGCCCGGUCAUCCCGAGCAUGAUUCUGGUGUUAGCCGCGAUGUCAUUAGACACUUUGCAGGCAAGAUUCCAAUCUUUGGUGUCUGCAUGGGCCUUCAGUGUAUCUUCAAUGUCUACGGUGGAGAUGUCAGCUCGGCUGGCGAAUGGGUCCACGGCAAGACCUCACCUUUGACUCAUGACUCCAAGGGUGUCUUCUCUGGUCUUGGCCAAGCAGUUCAAGUCACUCGAUAUCAUUCACUUGCGGGUACUCAGGUUACUCUGCCUGAGGAAUUGGAGGUUUCCUCCUGGGUAGCGAAGCCUGAUGGCUCCCCUGGUGUCAUUCAAGGUGUGCGUCACAAGAAGUACACAAUUGAAGGUGUCCAGUUCCACCCCGAGAGUAUUCUUUCUGAAAGUGGGCUGGCUAUGAUUGCAAACUUCCUUCACAUGCAGGGAGGUACUUGGGAAGAGAAUUCUGAGUUCCAGAAGAAUCGUUCUGCCAGCAGUGAUAACUCGGCGGCUCCCAAGACCAAGAAGAGCAACAACAUCCUGCAGCGAAUCUAUGCAAACCGAAAGGCUGCCGUGGACGCGCAGAAAUUGAUCCCCUCACAGAGGUUUGAGGACCUACAAGUCGCAUACGAUCUGAAUGCGGCCCCUCCUCGAAUACCCUUUGUCAACCGCCUGCGACAGUCUCCAUUCGACGUUGCCUUGAUGGCCGAGAUCAAGCGCGGUUCCCCUUCCAAGGGCAUUUUUGCACUUGAUAUUUCCGCUCCUGCGCAGGCUCGAAAGUACGCUUUGGCUGGCGCAAGUGUCAUUUCUGUGCUUACCGAGCCCGAAUGGUUCAAGGGUAGCAUCGAAGAUUUGAGAGCUGUUCGACAAGUUCUGGAUGGCAUGCCCAACCGACCUGCCAUCCUGCGCAAGGAGUUCAUCUUUGAUGAGUAUCAGAUUCUCGAGGCACGGUUGGCUGGUGCCGAUACUGUUCUUCUCAUUGUCAAGAUGCUUGACACUGAGCUUCUGGGACAACUGUACAACUAUUCUCUCCAAUUGGGAAUGGAGCCUCUCGUAGAAGUUCAAAACGCCGACGAGAUGACAAUAGCAGUCAAGCUAGGUGCCAAGGUCAUCGGCGUCAACAACCGCAAUCUGGAGAGCUUUGAGGUUGAUCUCAACACCACUGGCCGGCUACGCAGCAUGGUGCCAGAAACCACGAUUAUCUGCGCACUCAGUGGUAUCAACACUCAUGACGAUGUUCUGAUGAAUAAGAGGGAUGGUGUCAACGCUGUUCUAGUUGGCGAGGCCAUCAUGAAAGCACCCGACGCCAGUGUCUUUAUCAGUCAAUUAUGCUCAGGGUCCGAACCCCUAGCUAAAAAUGAAACUGCAUCAUCUUUGUACGUCAAAAUCUGCGGUACACGCAGUGCUGAGGCUGCGCUGAAGGCUGCCGAGUCCGGGGCGGACUUUGUGGGCAUUUGUCUGGUUCCCAGUGCCAAGCGGUGCAUCUCACACGAGACGGCCCUUGUCAUUUCAGAAGCACUGCACACAUACCCUAGCACUGGAAAGCAUGAAUCACAAGCAGCAGAAGUCGACAAUAAAGCCAAGGACUUCUUUGAAGCUGCAGCUCAAAGACUUCGCAGCCCCCGGCCCCAGCUUAUUGGUAUCUUCCAGAACCAGCCCCUGAGCGAGGUUUUGGAGAAGCAGAAGCAAUACAGCCUUGAUCUGGUACAACUCCAUGGCGAUGAGCCUGUAGAAUGGGCGAGCCUCAUUCCUGUGCCUGUGGUCCGGUGCUUCAAGCCAGGUCAAGUCGGCAUUGCUCGUCGAGGAUACCACACAGUUCCUCUCCUCGACUCUGGCUCGGGCUCUGGUAAGCUUCUUAACGUUGCUAAUGUCCAGGCUGUUCUAGAGAGCGAUCCUGAGCUUCGAGUUUUCCUAGCUGGCGGCCUCAACCCUGACAACGUGGCCGAGUCCGUCAAAGCUCUGGGUCCUCUGGCAGAUCGAGUAAUUGGUGUAGAUGUGAGCAGUGGCGUGGAAGAGGACGGGAAACAGAGCCUUGAUAAGAUUGCAGCUUUUGUCAAGGCUGCCAAGGAAAUUCGCUAG